GGCGCUGGGAGAGAGGUGGCAGAGGGUCAGGAAGACAGACUCCCCAUGUCGGCUGUGUAACCCGAGUCCUGGAACAGAGGAAGUGUCCCCAAAGCUGCUGACCAGAACAAGUGUCUUCUGAGGCCCAUCCCAUGAACAAGCCAUGGUGACCUGCCCAUUGGCAUCUACUAGCUCUAUUUACAGCCUGCUUGGGGUCUUCCUGCUCCUGGAUGCCUCCCUGAGUUCUUGUCAGGAAAGAUGGGAUGACCCCAUCUGCACUGAGAGCGUGGUGUCUGUAUUCAGGGGUAGUCAUGCAGUGAUGUCAUGCAACAUCUCCAACAACUUCAGUGACAUCACCAUCAGCCUGGCUUCCCAUGGAGAGAGGGUGAGGACUAUCUUCAAUGAGACGCCUCCAGGAAACGCCUCUGAGGAUGGGUGGCAGCUUCAGAUUCAUGGAGGCCAGGCCCAGCUGGUGAUCAACAAUGUCCAGGAUAUCCACACAGGACAGUACCAGUGGAGGCUGCAUGGAUGCCAGGCAGAAAUCAUGAACAUUUUCUUGAAUAUUUCUGAGUCCCAAGACCAGGAAGAGGCCAUAGGCCAAAGACGGUCCAUGUCCUCCAGUUCCCAAGACUCACUUCCUACUGCUGAAAAACUAGAGAGCUCCCCAUCUUCAGGGAGGAAGGAGACCAUCACCAUCGUUGUCAUAGUCACCAUCAUCAUCAUCAUCUUGAUCCUGGGAAUCACACAUGCCUGGCACAAGCAUCACCAUAUGCAGAAGUUCCAGCAGAUACGAGCCUCCGUGCCAGAUCUGCGUGACGAGUCGGAACCUCCCUCUGGUGCCUACCUGCCACUACCCUGAGACCCCCAAGUCCUGCUCCCACAGGGCUUCAUACCUGCUGUCCUGCUGUGGUGCCCCUCUCCAGUCCUUUGAUCCUGGGCUCUCCUCAGUGACCUUUGACCUUCCUCCAACACAGCCCUUCCCCCAUGUAUCCAGUGUCCCUCUGGCUGUUCAUCUUUUUGCACCAGAAAUCAAGAGCAGAGUAUGAAUGUAAAAAUGUUUAUCAAACCAGAAUGCAUAUGAAAGUUUUUUU